AACUAACCUUGUUUGUGUUUUGUGGAAAACUAAAAAAGUAUGUUGUCUUGAUUAAUAAACGUUGUUGGAUGUUUUCAAAUAACUUACAGUAAUCUCUACAAACUGUAAAUCGCAAUAUGGUUAGAAGCGGACGAGACCGUGAUAGGGAUCGCGAUCGCAGGCGUUCCCACAGCCGCUCUGCUUCACCAGAUCGUAAACGCAGACGUUCCCGAUCGCGAAGUAGAGAUCGCACUUCUAAGACUUCUAAAAGAAAACGUAGCCGUAGCAGGGACAGGGAGUCUAAGAGAGACCGAAGCAGAGACAGAGACAGAGAUAGGGAUAGAAAAAGGUGUGUAUUAUUUAAAUAAGAAUGGAAUUCUAUUAGAUAUUUUUAAUUGUUUCAAAAUGUUCUAUCAUGUAGAUUAUAAUCUUAUUACAAAAAUAAACUCCAAGUAUAUCUUCUUUCCUGUUAUUUACUUACCUAUCUGAAGAUUAAUCAAACUGAACAACUACUUAAAUUUACUUUGGGAAUUGGAAGUGCUAGAGAUAUCUGCUUUUAUAUUGAAUAUAGUUAACUUAAAAACCUUAAUAACUUGAGCUUUUUUAUAUAAGUGAUUAUUUAAAAAAAAAUAGUUAUGGUCUUAUAGAUUGAUAUAGACAAUUUAAUCUUGUUUUAACACUAUCGUAUGAAACUAGGUAAAUAAUGGUAAAACAAUAGUAAAACAUAAUGUAUAAAGUAGUAUGUAGCAGAAUGAGAAGAUGAUGACUAAUUUAUAACUCUGGUACAAUUUAUUACUACUGUUUUUAUGACUAACACAACCCUUCACCCUUUGUAUUACGUACUGUUGAAUAAAUUAUUAUUAUUAUUAGUAUUCUCAUCUGGUUGGGCUGAAUAAAUAUAUAAUAGGAAAUGAUUAACAUUUAUGUAUAUAUAUCAAUAAAAAAAAUACAUAAAUAAAUAAAAACCCAACCAGAUAGAAGCCCUCGGCAGGGGAGACCAAACUGCCGAGGGUUAGGGGGAAAGGGAAAGAAACCGGCGAACAAUGUGGGUGGUAUCGGGGAGCACCGCCUUCUGCAUUUGGUCUUGGUGCGGUCCUUCACGGAGUUCCAGUUACCUCGAAUGACUCAAGAGGCUGAUUGAGUUUUACCUGUUCGCAGAAACAACUACAGGUAUAAUUUCGGUCGGCAGUCCACCCCACAUGUCGGUCACCUCGUGAGCCAGGUCCAGAUAUUUUGUUUGCUUAUCUGUUUCGGCUUUCACAAGGUUCUUGUCAUACGGAAUGGUAAUCUUGAUCAAAAAUAUUUUUGACUGUGCCCGGUCCAUCAGCACAAUAUCAGGCUUAUUCGCAAGAAUGGUCCUGUCUGUAAUGAUGGCCUGGUCCCAGUAGAGCCAGGCACGCUAAUUUUUGAGCACAGCUUCCGGCAUGUACUUAUUAUAAGGCAGUUUCCGAAUCAUGAGACCUUAUUUCAGAGCGAGCUCCUGGUGUAGAAUCCUGUAUACUAGGCUGUGCCUGUGCAAGUACUCAGAGUUAGAAAGCACCGAACAACCGGAAAUGACAUGCCUAAGUGACUCAACGGGAUGACAACAAGGUCGACAGAUGUCCACGGUGUCAUCUGCGGUAGUUGUUGGUCUUAAUAAACUGAUCCUGUAUUGCACCGACAAAACCCUCGGUUUCCCCGAAGAGGUCACCAAAACGUAGCCAGUGGAGGGAGGCAACUGUGACUACGAAAGGCUCAUGUAGAGCUAUGUAGAACCUCCCGUCGAGCUCUUUCUCCUUCCAUAGGGUCUCCCGUUCGGAAAUGCACUGUACUGCUGGAUCUUACAAUUGCUUGUUGGCUAAGGAUUGAGAGGUUAGCCCUUUAUAACAUGAAAUGAUGUCCCUGUAGAAUGGAUCAUCCGAUUUCAUCAGAAAGUUAUUACAGAGGCUGCACACUUCGGGAUUAUGUAUGGUGAGAGUGCUUAAAAAGCCGUGCAUCAUGUUUCCGCGGCAAUUGUUAUUAUUAUUAUUAUUAUCAUUACAACCUUUCACAAUACCACGGCUGAAUAUUGGCUUCUUCCCAAGGAAUGCUACAGAACAUGGUCCCAAACCAGCUGCAUCCAUCAACUCCCUGCAUGUCUGUACUAGGUUGUCAGUCUACUUAGAGAGCCAUGGAGAGCCGCCCUACAGUUUGCAUACUGAUGCGAGGCUGCUACUUGACAACCUUUUUUCCCUAUCUGUUGUCGGUUCUUCAAGCUAUAUGGCUCAUUGCCAUCAUGGGUGUUGUAAGAGAUGAUAGUUUAAACUACUCCAGAAGGUAAGGAGCGGCAUCUUUCUGUUAGAAAUUAAAUAAUUAAAAAACUGCAGUUACCCACCUGCUUGCUAAACGUGGCAGCUAUGGCAAAAAAACAAUUCAGCUCUGUUUGAUUACAUUAUUUUCAUUUUAUACACAAAAAGCAGAUUAUGUUGAUGUACUGUACAUGUCUUUGUUGUGUAGUGAUAAACGCGAUGACAAACGGAAUGGCUCCGGUAGUAAGUCGUCAAGGAAGAAGUCUCCUGAAAAGGAUAGGACCAAAGAAAGGUCUAAGUCAAAGGAAAAAUCAAUAAAAACGGAAUCAAGUGAAUAUAACAUAGGCUCUGUUGAUAAGGUAAGUCCCUGUCACUGUCAAAAUAUUAUAAAUAUUAUUUUUCUUUAUCAUGAAGUAACAUGAUUGAUAACAUACAUUAGUAUGGAUACAUUAGUACCCAUUAUUCAUGUGUAAUGCUUCUGUUUCAUGCCUUACUUAUUUUGUGUAUUUUUACUUUCCUUCCUAAGUGUUAUUUAUGGUGCAUGUAUGUUAGGUUGUUUCCUGUGAUCACCUAUUUUCUAGAAAGGCUUGAUGAAUUUUAAUGUGUUGUUAGAUUUUUCUCCAUUAGAGGCUACAUUUUAUAAUAAUAAUAAUUACUUGUAAUGACAUAUUUCAGCCUGGUCUUCAGGGAUGAUAAUGCAUCUGUGUUUUGAUUCUUAUUUAAAAAGUUCUUAGCUGACUUCAAGAAAAGGAGGUGGUUUUGACUGUUUUCCUUUUCAGGGUUCCCAAAGGGUAACCAAUGGGACCUUAUUACAAAGUCUCCGCUGUCCGUCUGUUCGUCCGUCCGUUUGUCUGUCAGCGGGCUGUAUAUCAUGAUCCGUAAUAGGUAGACAGUUGAAAUUACACACUUCACAGAAUGUGUAUUUCUGUUGCCCCUAUAACAACAUAU